AACUGCAGUCGUAGGCAACAGGCAAGGGGUAUUGAAAUUUUCAAACUGUCUAAAAUCAAAAAAGGAUUUCUGCAAAAGUAAGGAAUUUGGAUUUUCCACUGGUUCUGUUCUCUCGGGCACUCUUCCUUGAUUAAUUUUAAACUGUGAAAAAAACUUUCCAAUACGACCACGGACCCAAAUUCAAUCCUCGCUUCGAACAAAAUUUGAGUUUGUUUUCACAAAAUGGAGUUGGAGGCAGCACCUUCGAACGUCGUUGAAAAGUCGCCCGCUUGCAUUGGGGUUCGUGUGGCGCGUACAACAUUGGUUGGUGAUGGAUACGCAAUUGUCGAGGACCAUGACAACGAGGGAGGAGAAGCCCUUGAAUGCAGAAUUCCACUGCCGCCGGGAAUAUGUAAAAUUUGUUUUUCUACUCCUGUGGAUAGUCUUUAACUUGAAAAACGAUUAAAAUCGAAUGUUUCACAUUCACAUUUUGCAGAAAAAAAAUUGUAAAACCUAUCAAACCUGCGUCAAAAUUAUAGUCGGUGGAGGAACACGCAAAAGAAAGCAUUUUUUGCCUUUGAUAUGAUACAGAGACGAAAAUCACGUUGUACGGUGUAACAACACCGAUGCCUUGUUUCCCGAAAGACAUUCCCGGUGAGAGGAUUGUUGAACUCUGACAAGAUUAGAUAGUACCAGUAGAAGCAAGUAGAGCAACAGUGCCUAUUAGUUAUCUUCAGUACCUGUACUGAAACGUAAUCCAACCACUUUCAGUCCUGCGUCCCGGCACUUGGGUCGGGUAUACACCGUCUGAUGAGAAUCUCGCGUUGGCCCAGGAGGGUGCGCCGAUCUGGGUGCGCAUUAGCUUGGGCGGAAAUGGAUAUCGUCCAGAGCCUUUCUCGAAUGAAAGACCAACUUUUCCAGCAAACAUUGGCACGCUUCGCAGGUAUGCCCCAGAUAACUCGGGAACUGCAUUUUUCGAGGUAGCGGAAAUCGAUCGCGACGUCUACGCGCACCAUUCGACAGCACUCAAGUACCAUUUCAUUUGAUGACAUGCACUAAAGGAUAUUUGCUACAGUGGUUUUAGAAAGAUGAUGUAGUCAUUUGUGAUGUAGACGUAGAGUAAAUAGAGACCGAUAUUCCUUCUAUAACUAUAUCAACUACGUGUAUGUGAGCAUUUUAUUCAAGCUCCCUCUCGUCCCACCCACUCAACAGUGUGGCUCGCAAGAUAUGUAGAGGAGACCAAGUGGCGUUUGAUUUGCACUUCAAUGCGGGUGGAAAGCCGCAGGUUUCUGUGCCAAUGUGGGGAGUUAUCGGGCAGGGUGAGCCAGAUCCAUCUAUGGUCCCUUCGCGAAGUGGCGGGCUCAUGAGCAUAGCGGAUACUUCGGAGACCGCAACAGUAUUGAUGUUUGGCAACGAAGAAACUUCAGCGCGGGAUCAGGGUGUGACGACCAUGGCACUAUUGACACAAGGUACGGCAACGACUAUGGGGGUGGGGCUGGCGCCGAAGGGAGCAGGUGCGCCAAAGAAGGGCAAAGGGGGUCUCCUGUUAGUGGGCGAGACGAUACGAGCUCCGACAGGCGCUAAAGUACAGCACAACCUCGGGACACAGCGGCUUCACGGGGUAGCUUCGGCGACGUCAACAGGGGGCAAAGGACCUGGACCAGGUGGAGCAAACUACAAUGUUGCAGCAAGUACAGUGCAAAGUAAUAGUACUCUUUUCGGUCGUACCGCAACGAAUAACAGCUUGAAAAACUCUCCUCGAACAACUGCAGUUCAGAACAAACAGCUCGUACUCCCUUCAGCUGCCACAAGUAUGCGUCUCGCGGCUGACACGUUUCCCCUUGAACAACUCGAGACUAUGGACUUCUUGGGUGUUCGCAUGGGCACUUUAACGGGCGAAUUCACACCGGACGGGGAUCACCAGAUUAUCAUGACCAUGGAGCAGGAAAUGAUUUUCGUAGAGAAUAGCCUCCUCGCGGACUAUGACGUCGCGGCUGGUCAGGAUAUAGCAUUCAACGUCGCGCACAACGACCAAGGAAACCCGUUAGUAUUUUCACAUAAACGUGCGAAACGAACUACAACUACCUUGCCCUUCAUUUAUUCGAAUCGUUGAAUGAACAUGAACAAAAAGUACGACUACCAUGAAAACCUGCGUUCGAGUUCGUGUUGUUGAUUGAGAUCAUGUGUGGUCAUUCAAAUAUUGUACGUAGUGCUAGUGGUAAUACUAAUAGAAUCCGAUAAUCGGGAUUGGCAUGUAUAUCUAGUAUAUACGAUUUGGUCUUUUCUUCAACUGCACUACAGGUUGACAUAGCAAUGCCGAUGUGGAUGUUGUCUUCGCCGUUUAAGACAAACGACGAACCGCGGUUCGGCAGUUAUGUCGGGAAGGUCCACAAUUUCUCAUCCGCUGGAAACGCGUUUGUCAAAUGUGACGCGCUUCGGAAACUGUACGAUAAAGACGCCUUCGUACAUCAGAAGGUGGUCCAUAUAUGCGGGUUGGCACUUUUACGAAGAUCUAUAACCUGUUACUGUUCAUCUACUCGUUCUUGUUUCGGUUUCCGAAACACAAUUUCGAUUUUCACUAUCUAGUUGAGACGAAGAGUAAAAUCGAAAUUCACGAAGGCAUAAGACCUACGUAGCUAGUGCUAGUACAACUAUGAGUUGCAGUGGGACACUGACAGUGACACACACAACUGUAUCUCCAGUAGACUGAUGUGAGAAAAUCUCCUCUACCAUAUCUAUUUUUUUGCUUCUCUACUAGAACUAGAAGUAGUGAAGCUCAAAGUGAAUUUUUCAACUUGAGAUGAAUCAAAUCAUGCUUCGCUAAUGACUGGCGAUGUUAUCUAUUUUGACAUCCAUUUGAACGAGAGUCAGAGUCCUCAAGUCAGCGCUCCAGUCUGGAUAAAAUGCGAGAACGGCGGUCGUGCUAAACGCUUGGAACAAGUAGCGGCGCAGAACAGUUUGCAGGAGAUGGCACAAGGACUCCACAUGAAUACGACAGCGGAUCAUACCAGUGUGACUCGUGGUGCGACAAUGCCGAUGGUAGCUCCCGCAACACAGAGUUCUCGAACAAUUCGAGCACAUCAACUACCGCGUAGUGCCAGCUCAUCUUCGAGCGACGGUCCGUUGGUACCUGGCUUGACGAUUGAGGGAAACUCAGUGAUGUGGGAGUUGAUGGGGUGUCAAAACGGCUCAAAGCAAGCACACAUGGACCCAGCUGCCUUUGAGCAUGAGGGCCGACUGCAUAACGUCAACAAAAUGGGCAACGGAUAUAUCAAAAGCCAAACGUAUAGAGGCGAGGCUGACAUCUUCGUCCAUAGUAAGGUGGUAGAGCGGUGUAGUCUUCAGGUUGGCGACACAGUUCGAUUCAACAUACACAUUAGCAACGCGGGAAACCCUCAAUGCAGUGCCCCGGUGCUCAUAGGAAGGCAAGGUGCUGUGGCCCCUAGUAGGGGGAUUGGUCUUCCAAAAGCCGCUGGCCUUCACGCCACUGGUUCUUCUGAGCUGAACUUGGAUAACCCCUACCUGAGUAGUGAGAUUGAUGCGCUGCUCGAGGGAGCAGACGACCUAUAUACGCUGGGUGGCGGCAGUACGGAAAACAACGGGCAACAGCAUGGAGGAGCCCUUAGUCAGGUCACCACGAAUACCUUCUCAGACUUCGGAAUCAAGUCUCGCAUUGUUGGGGAUGGUGGCUUGCUCGGAUCAACUACGUUGAAGCAAGACUAUACCACUGGUGCAGCAAAUCAAAUGAAAAAACUGAAGCAAAUAAUACCACUACCGGGCACGCAACGCAACCUAGAUCCCUUAAAGCAAAUUAAGCAGUUUCCGCUAAGCCAAACCCAAAAAGCUGCAACUUCCGCUCCCGCACUUUUCAAAAAAGUCCCAUUGUUUGGCACUGCCGCGACCCGAAGACCCAACCCAUACUAAACAAUAACAAGAUGAUGUGAAGAAUGAGCAGUUUCAUAAGUCGACUAUGUCAAGAGGAAAGAGACGUCUUAUUUCUUGUAGUAUGCAAUGAUGGUAGACGAGCAACUCAUUAAUAUAACUGUAUCUUCGUCUCUGGGUACUACUUUGAUGAUUACAACGCCAACGCGGGAAAGCCGCAAUCACAACGUUCGACGCAAUCACAACCUUGUCAUUGCAUGAAUGAGCAGCUCGAUAGUUGUCCUGUCCGACCGCACUCUGUGUUAGAACAGAGAAGCGUCUUCACCAUCAGCCGCCGUAAACUUUUCCAAGACGAAUGAACGCACUGUGGGAAGUAAAUCCAAUGCAUCCUUCUUGAUAU